UUGUCUCCAGUCAGAAUCAAACAUUCACCUUUGCAAAUAGUUCAGUCGACAUUAUCUCUUAGCAUGGAGAGACCAGAAAUUUGAUUUUAAUAUUUUAAAUUCGACAAAAUUUUAACGUGUGACCAAAAAAAUAAUAAUUUGUGUACCGUGGCAUGUGUGUUGGAUUGCGUUUGGGCUGACGUGAAAUCGUGUCUUAAUUAAUUCAUUCUUCAUUGUGAAAGAGUUGUUUAGCCCUAAGCAAAAACUAUCCACCAAUAAGCUAGUUGAGUACACCCAGUAGAACAUGAUUGAUGAAACUAUCUAUGUUGAUCCAUGUAUGAUAUGGCUUGCGGAAUACUCUCAUGCGCUGCUGUAUUGCUGCUCGAAGGUGUGUACCAAACCAAGGUCUCCCACUGCUGUUCGCAAUUCUGGCUGUGCUACUAAAUCAACGACUUCUUCUGAUACAGCAUCGAUUAUUGAACCAUUUCCUACUUCUUUAGAUUAUGCUAAAUCUUUUCAGCACUUGAUCCGAGAUGCGGAUGGUGUUGCCCUAUUUUGGCAGUAUCUGAAAAAUGAGCACAUUGAGCAUGCGAAUAUUUUACAAUUUUGGUUUGCUUGCGAAGGAUUACGGAAACAGCAGGAGGACGCUAAAAUCAUGCGGCUUGCUGGAUUGAUUCAUAGGAAAUUUUUUUUAAAAUAUACUAGUCUUAUACCUGACGAUGUCAAACAAAAAGUAGACGAUCUUGUGAUGUCCUCCAAGUGCCCUUAUCCUCCACUUACGCUUUUUGAAAGUGUGCAAGCUGCAAUAGGACACUUUCUUGCCACAACUAGCUACCUCAAUUUUAUUAAAAGUGAUAAGUACCUGCAAUACGUGAAUGCGAAAAAUUCAACAAAUAACGAUAGGCAGAUUGCUCCCAACAAUGCCAUUUCGUCUCUAGCCAGCAGUCAACUCAUGCCGACUUUUCAAGACGAUAUUCAGUAAGACAGAAAAACAGUGCCUCUGUCGCAUCCUUCAGGGAGCUUAACUACUGGAUACCAGACUCCUAACAUUGCAGCGCCUCCACUCCGGUUAACCAAAGUCAUCCGGUCAAUAUCGUAGAAAAGACGUGAUGUUAGCCCAUUUCUGCAUAUUUCUUUUGCCUUUUAUGAAACAAUUUAUGAGGGACAGAACAGAAACUCAGGACUUAGGAAAAAAUAUUUACAAAAUUAUUUUGCAGUUCAUUUCAUAUUUAUUGUUGCAAUGUAUGCCAUAUAUGCCACAACAUGCAACAAGGCAGUAUGUAUAUAAAAUAAUUUAUGAAUAAUUCUUAUUCCGUAUGGAACUUGUAGAAACAGUUUCUGUCUUUGUUCAAGCAUAAAAAUACAUUACAUUUUUCACACUUGAUAUAAAACUUUGCCCCACAGGGAUACUUGCA